CCGAAAUUAUAGAAAGAAAGAAAAACAAACAGAAAAUUCAAAAUCUCUCUUUGAUUUCUUUUCCCUUGUGUUGUUGUGUGUCGGUUCGUAUCUGAUUCUCUCUCCUUUCGUUCGGACAAACUUCCAAAUACAAAGCUAAGCCUUUGGUUUUCUUUUAUUUGGUUUGAGCAACAACUUCUUCUUCCUCAUCUCUCGGCUUCUUUGCCAUCUUCGUGUUUCUCUUCCUCCCCACGCUGCCGUCAGAUCAGGUCAGAUCAGAUCAGAUCCAGCCUUCGCUGCCGUUGGAUUAGGGACGAGUAGGUCUUGAAGCGCGUACAUACAUUACUAUUUUUCGAUGAAGAAGGUCUUUCAUCAGACCGUGAGGGACCUUAAGAGAGAGGUGAAUAAGAAAGUUCUCAAAGUUCCUGGAAUUGAACAGAAGGUUCUUGAUGCAACUAGCAAUGAGCCUUGGGGUCCCCAUGGAUCACUUCUUGCUGACAUUGCAUUGGCAACAAGAAACUAUCAUGAAUAUCAGAUGAUCAUGACAGUAGUUUGGAAGCGAAUUAAUGAUACUGGCAAGAAUUGGCGUCAUGUCUACAAGCAGGCAUUAACUGUUUUGGAAUACCUAGUAGCCCAUGGGUCGGAGCGGGUCAUAGAUGAGAUCAAGGAACAUUCUUAUCAAAUAUCUACAUUGUCCGACUUUCAAUACAUUGAUUCCAGUGGAAGAGACCAGGGAAGCAAUGUGAGAAAGAAAUCUCAAAGUCUUGUAGUCCUAGUGAACGAUAAAGAAAGAAUAAUUGAAGUUAGACAGAAAGCAGCUGCAAAUAGGGACAAGUUUCGCAGCCCAUCAUCAUCAGGUGGGAUGUAUAGGCCUGGUUCAAGUCCAGGUGGAUAUGAAGAUGAACGUUAUGGAAGCAGGGAUGACGAUCGGUACAGCAGAAAUGGGGAAAGAGAAUGGGGCUACAAAGAUGACGAUCGAUAUGGGAGAAAUGGGGACUCCUAUAGUCGUGAUGGAGAUCGCUAUGGCAGAGAAUAUGAGGAGCGCUAUGGUAAAGAUGGUUAUAGAGAUGACGAUUACAGGGGAAGAAGUCAAAGCAUUGAUGAUAGCCAGUACGGUCCAAGAAGUAGAAGCUCUGAUAGAGAUAGAGAGCGUUCUUCUUUUGAUGAUGAUGGUCAAUAUUCCUCUCGUGGGCCCAGAGGUGAUGAUUCUCAGGAUGGAAGCAGGCGCCUUGAUAGGAAAUUCUCCGAACAAAAUAUUGGUGCACCUCCUAGUUAUGAAGAGGCUAUAAGUGACUCUCGAAGUCCUGUUCACAAUGAAAGGGAUGGAGAAACUCCAACAACAGUUGCUCCUAGAGGUUCUUCUCCACCAAUCAACAUUCCAACUUCUUCUCCACCAGUAAGCAAUCAACCAAACCAACCAAACAACAGUGAUACUCCUGUUCCUCCUCUAAACCAGGAAGUACAGACUUUUGAUGAAUUUGAUCCACGAGGUUCAGUUUCAGCUACUCCAGCUAAUGCAAAUAAUGCUGAGAUGGACUUGCUUGGCUCCCUGGCAUUGGCUAUUGUGCCAACUACUUCUACCUCAGAAGCUGAUUAUAAUGCAAAUGCUGGUUCAGCAUCAACUUUCGUAGCAGCACCUGUGGCAUCUAAUGUUGUAAAUCAGUCAUUUGAUGAUCCAUUUGGUGACACACCUUUCAAAGCCAUCCCUUCAGACUCUACCCAAGCUCCACCACAGACUUCUGACACAGCUUUCAGAGCUGAGCUAGCCCUUUCUGUAGUUCCAAAAGCAGACAAUUUUGACUUUGGGGACUCAUUAUCUGGCAUAACUUAUUCUACGCCUAGUUUCUCUACUGUUCAAACCCCUUCAAUGAACCCAGAGUUUUUGCCCCAGGAGCUGCCCACUUCACAUCAGAACACUGAUAUUCUAGCAGACAUCCUUCCCCCUUCUGGACCAUCACCUGCUAUAACUUCACAGCAAGCUUUUUCAGCGUCAUCAACUCAAACAGCACAGCCAGGUGCUAAUGCUUUUGGCAGUUUUCAACCACAGCCAGGAUCUCAGGUUUCUGUUCCUCCAAAUAUGGUUCCUCAGAUUCAAAGCAGUUCUGCUGGGCAUUAUGGGAAUUAUCUUUCCACCGGACCUACCUCUCCUGUGACCUCACUUGCAGUUCCGCAAAUGCCAACCGGACCAACUCAAUUUAUUAGUGGACAAUUCGCUCCACAACAACCUUUUGCAGCUCCAAAUAAUGGAAACUUCUAUUCACAACAGGGGACCCCUGCUGUGUCCAUGAAUCCACAAACCACAAUGGGACAUGCUGGACAGUUUAAUAGUGGGAACUCACUUCAACAACAGUCUUCUACUUCCCAAAUAGCCCCACAAGCUGCUUAUCAUACUCCAAGUGGACCUACUGUGCAGCAAAGCAAUGAUGUUCUUGGUAACCUUAUUGGACAAACAGGAUCGAACCCUUCAGUGGCUCCACAGCCCCCUAAGGACAAGUUUGAGACCAAAUCAACAGUUUGGACUGAUACACUAAGCAGAGGGCUAGUCAAUUUGAAUAUAUCUGGACCUAAAAUAAAUCCAUUAGCAGAUAUAGGAAUUGAUUUUGAUGCCAUUAAUAGGAAGGAAAAGAGGUUGGAGAAACCUGCUGCAACUCCUGUGACAUCUACUGUAAAUAUGGGUAAAGCCAUGGGGUCUGGUUCUGGGAUGGGUCGUGCCGGUGCAGGUGCACUCAGGCCCCCGACAAAUCCUAUGGUUGGUUCUGGGAUGGGUAUGGGUAUGGGUAUGGGUAUGGGAAUGGGUGGUGGUCCUGGUCCUGGUCAGGGUAUGAAUUUAGGGCCAUAUGGAGGGAUGAACCAACAACCCAUGGGGAUGGGCAUGGGGAUGAAUAUGGGUAUGAGACAACCGGCUUUGCCUCCUGGGUCAAACAUACCUGGUGGUUAUAAUCACAUGAUGGGCGCUGGCCAUGGUCCUCAACAACAAUAUGGUGGUUACCGAUGAGAUUGAAUGAAAACCCUAGAGUUUUUAAGUUGGAAAUUAGGGGUUGGUUUUUAUUGUUUGCGGUCCCAUCUUGACUGAGCCAGUACCCACACAUUGUAUUUUUUGAUCGGUAUUGUAAUUUUCUUCCAGGGCUGAUGUGGUUGUACUUUUAGUCUUGUCUUGAUUGUUAAUCUGGGUCGUCAUUUCCUUUUGGUUCGCAAGAGCUUUUUGUCUGCACUGCUGCUUCUAGCUGUUGUGGUGUUGUGUAGUAGAGCGAUAACCAUUCUCAGGUUAUCUUCCAUCAUUUUUUCUUUUUCUGAUUCUGUUUCAUAUAUAUAUAUAUAUUUGGUCACUUGUCAAAGAUUA